AUGAUACGCCUUGCCGAUUAUGUUGUGAUUGUUGGAUAUGAUUUCGACAAAUCAAUCGAAUUUGAGAGCCAAGGUCGAGUAUUACAGCGAUUCCCAACGAAAGAGUGGAAAAAUUACCCUUAUGACUUUCAUGUGGAAUCUUUCUGCCAGCCGUGCGGAUGGCGACUAACAACAAAUCGCCAGGCACCAACCUUCUUCGUUGCCUAUCUGACAGGGGUAGAUGGUAGCCACUACUAUGCCGCCUGUCUCACUUUCUACGAAGCCGUUUCAGGUCAACAGCAACACGUUUACCAACAGCGAUCCCAAAUUAAUCGCAACACUAACACUCCAGAUCCGCACUAUCACCAGGUCAUCGUAGCUGCUUCUCCCGCUGGAAGUUUGAGUCAGCUGAAUAGUUGCGAAAGUCUAGCUGUGUCAUCGGGCAACUUCAAUGGGGUAUCGAUGGAUCCAAACCUCAUCCGACCCACUGAGCUCUUCGCUCCGAAAUGCAUAGUUCUCCUUGCCCGUCACCAGCAUUUCAAAAAUUGUUUGAGCAUACUAUACACUACAUUCAUGGACAGCCCAAAGGAGUUUAGCCUGGAGGAAAUCGUUGGAAAUAUUGUCGGCGGUGUUGAAAUACCCCCUAUCGCAUGGAAAAAUUUAAAUAUAUUGUGUCCAGGGGGCCCCCGAAAAACUUUCACGGUGGGUGCCAACGACCGUCAAACUGUACAACCUGCCAAGUGUCAGACCAUACCCGUCACUCGCUCUUCUGUGGCAAGCCUUUUCAAAUACUUAGGAAUCGAUAAUGUGCUGCUGAUGUUCACGGCGAUGCUGAGUGACCAAAAGCUAUUAGUCUGCUCCCAGAGCUUGGUACGUCUCACCGAGGCCUGUCACGCUCUCACAUCGAUCAUCUACCCGCUAAAAUACGGUCACACUUAUGUUCCCAUUCUACCGAAAGGCCUGGUCGAUUAUCUGAGUGCCCCAACACCCUUCCUUUAUGGAAUCCACGCGUCCUACUGUCAUCUUCUUCCUGACAUUCCGGAUGUAUUUAUAGCGGAUCUCGACGUUGGACGUGUUAUUUGCCCUGAGAACAUCCCUCUCCCUCAGAUACCACAACCCUUUCUCACUGAAUCAAUACAAAGCCUUUUCCAUAUAUUGAGUCCCGAACUAUUGACCUCUGACAAUAUCUAUCCUCCUCUACCCGGGUCUAUAUCCAAACUGACUCCUGAGCAGAUCGACAAAAGACUCCGUGCUGUAUUCUUGCAUCUAUUUGCUUCCAUCUUCGCUGGCUAUCGCUCCUGCCUCACCAUCACUCGCAUUCAUCCACAACCCGUCAUCCACUUCAACCAGUCGCUGUUUCUGGUGUUGCGGGGCGUACAUGAGCCGGACGACUUUUUCGACCGCCUCCUCUCCAGCAUGCGCUUCCACCAGUUUGUGCUGGAACGCGGUCCACCAUUUCGAGUGUGUGACCUCUUCGAUGAGGCGUACGAUGUGGCGCGCGUUGAUGCACAACAUCUCGUGCCUCAAUUUGUGGCUGAUGUCUCAUUCCCUGACGUUGAUUACGAAUCCUUCGUCACUGAUUUUACCAACUCUCUUGAUCGCAUAGCUCAAAAGUUCAUGGAAAAUGAGCAAGACGAGGGCCAUCAAAUUGUGGAUGUUAUUCAGGCGGAGGCUGUAGAAGCGCAUAAUCGUCUUCACCACCGCCCAUUCCCUCGCCUCAACUCUCAGAAGGUAGAUGAGUUUACACGGGUAGCCCAGGAGUUGCGCAGUCAAUCAGCGCCACCAACUAUAGAGAUAAAGGAAAAGCCUCGUAUCGUACCCAAAGGUGAGCAGCUGGACCGUAACGCAUUCAAAUCGGAGCUACCCUCGGACAAAUGCCGUGUUAUCCGUGAAUUUGUCGCUGACAUCUUUGAUUUGCACAUCACUGAGGCUCUCAAGCGUCGUAACACUAUUCGGCAGGACUUGAAAUCGCAGUCCUUCCGACGCCUCUUUGUGGACGAGCUGUGCAAGAGGAUCAUCCCACCGGUGACCUCGAAAAGUUCUGACUCCGCCUUCUCCGAGGGCGUGAUUGUGGAGUACGAGCGUCGGGCUUCACUUAAUUGGGAGCAGUUUGAUGUAAUCGUUGGACUCCUUGAUGAGGCCUUGCGCUAUGAGGGAAUGUCUUACAACACCGUCAUAGCUCCUCCUGUUUUGGAACUUGCUACCAGAAUCAGUACUCAACUCGGUGGGAUGCGUUAUUUUGCUAACAUGACUCAUCACAUUCAACGCCACAGAAUCUGGUCAGAAAUGAGUUUCUGGGAGGAUGUCUUCAACGAGCAAGUGAAUAAUCAAAUCAAACAACUCUAUUUGCAUCAAUCUGAGGAGGAGCGCAAAUGUGGUAUUUCCACUGCUUAUCUUCCGCCAAUUCAUUCGUCUGAUCAAUCAGUUUUGGAGAUAGCUGCGGAGGAGCUGCGCUCAGGUGGUCUGCGAUCGCCGGAGCUGCAAGCGAGUCUGCAGCAACAAGAGGAGGGCACGGUGUACUCGCAGAUCCUCCAUUUUAUAAACCUUAUCAUCAACUUCCGUGUUCCUCUGAACGCUGCAGCACCUCUCAUUCCCAGCACAGACCCGUUAAUGGGCGGCACUUCUGCUUCUACUACGUUGCAGGCGACUGCCUCUGUCGGCACUGUUCUUCCUGCUGGUGGCGCUCAACAGCAUCAGCGUGGGCUGCCAAAUGGCUGGCCUGCAUGCACUUCCAGCCCAAUCAACCAACUCAAUGACAGGCGCGAUUCGCCCUCCGCUAGUACAUUGCCACUGUCAAAUCACAACGAACGUAGAUCCGUUUCCCAUGGUGGUGGUAGCAGUGGCAGCGGAGGUGGAGGGCUGAGUCAGUACCACGGUCACCACGCUUUGUCGAUUCCUCUUGGAGGAGGUGGCAUUUCAUCGUCGUCAUUGUCGCGAGACGCUAUACCAAACUCUGACGUUGUCCUUAUCGAGUUGGCAGAGUGGAUCUGCAAAUUCGUUGAGAAGGUUGGCGCCGAAAACGCCCUCCCGGAGGCUAGCAUUAUUCAGAUUAAAAACAAAGUAGACAGUAUUUUGGAAGGUCAUCUGCUCAACCUGGCAGACAUCUAUCCCGAAGUGAAGAAAAUCCCGAAAAUUAAAAAGCCGGAAAUUGCAAACCCAGCACUUCUUGUGGGCGAGAGCAUAAUUCGGCUGGCGGGUCUGGACCGGCUUCCCUGUCAGUUGCUCAUCGAUGGCCGAAUGGAGCGGGUGAGCGACGGUGGGAGCAACAGUGGUGGUGGCGGAGGAGACUGGAGCCGGUCGGAACCAACAAUCCUCUUGGAUGCCAACAACGCUAACGUAGCAGCGCCUUCCUCACACGAAAUCUUCAAUGAGGAGCUGGAUAGUGUGAUCCGCACCCUACUACCCGCUCAAGGAGCCCUCUUCAUUACAAACUAUCGUGUCAUAUUCAUUGGCGUGCCCAAGGAUCCCUUUCAGUCAAACAAGGUAGUCUGCCGCAGUUUCCCUGUCGCUGCAUUACACUCGAUCAAACGAAUGGGUAGCGCACGGGUUGUGACCACCAUUCCCGUGGCACCUACAAUUGCAACCUCCUUCGAAAUGGGUGUCGGGGGAGGUGGCAGUGGUAAGAAACAGCAUCGGAAGCUGCGCAUUGGCAGCGCUGCGUCUUCUUCCUCCACAGAGACACUGGACGUCUACCGUCUGCGUGCGCUGACAAUGCAGAUGAUGCGCCUCGGCUUUGAUCCCGACGAGGUAUCUUCUGAGGCACGUGACGAGUUACGACGUGUCCUAAUUGAGUUGCGCUUCCAAGCCGUCAUUGGACUCAGUUUCAACUCUCUGAACUCUCGAGCGUCCGAGGCAUUGCUCGCUUCGGAAGCUGCACAUGGGUACCGAUCUCCACUACCUAUGCCAGCAUCGAAUCGACCAAUAAGCCUACAGUCUCAAGAAAUGGACGGUGGUUUGACAUCGAUUCGAUCGAAAGAGGGCGAUGACGACGACUCGGCGAGUCUGUCCAUCGUGAGCAGCAGUCGGAGCGGGCGUAGCAGUCGAAGUCAGUCGCAAACUACCAACACGAUGCAAGCCGUUCUCAUGCAAACGACCGGUCCACGUCUCCGUAAUCUCUCCGCAGUGCAGUCUGUCAUCGCUGCCGCCACCUAUCGGCUUUCUGACACUGACUCCCUUGAAGCUACCACCACUGGACUCUCAGACGACUCUUUACGAGUGGACGAGCUUACUGACGCACGGUCACUACUCUCCAUGACUUUGGCAAGUCUACGUUCGGCGGGUCAGGAUCCGGCAAUAUCGGAGGCAUUGCAGCACUCACCAGGCUACCUGGACAUGGCCCAAGUAGCUCUCCACUCCAUCGGCUACUGCAAGCAUCCCUCCUCUACCAGUCCCCUCUCCUCCAUCCAUUCUGGCUACCCCAGUACCUCCGACUCCCAGCACAAGCCACAACAGCUAUGCCCCUCGCCUGUCAUCACUCUGGCCAAUGCCAACUAUUCCAUUACACGCACAUACCCCUCUCUUCUCGUUGUUCCCUCUGGCUUUAAGCGCUCACGGUUGGAUCGCGUGGCGCGUUAUCACAAGCACGGCCGCUUCCCUGUGGUGGUGUGGCAGCACUUAGAGACUCAUGCUUUCCUACUGCGAGGCGCCGCUUUCCAGACAAAGUCCUUCCUUUCUGCCUUUAAGCACACCGUUGUCGCUAACACUGCAUCCGAAAGGCACCCCGGCACAAACGCUACCGUUGCCGUUGCUGACGUGGAGACAAGUACGGAGGUUUCUUCAGCGAAGGAGCACGCGCGUUAUUUUGCCUCGCUGGUGAACAUGUCACCUGUACCCCCGUCGGCGCUGGGGCUCAUGCCUGCUUCGACAACAGCCUCUAUAACGGGUUCUGUGCAGAGUCGGGAGCCCCUCUCGCCGCGCAUAAACUCUAUGAUGCUUCUCACCGGUGAGCCUCAAGGUGUCUCUACACCCUCUAUCUCACCACGAGGUUUCGGUGGGACGUUGGCCCACGAAAAGGCAGGCUCAUUGCUUCGCACUCCUCGUGCCAGCUCGCGAGAGUUAAAUGAGGUUACGGCCCAAAUGAUUGACAGUCCCUCGAUAGAGGUUGGUCUUGCCACCACAUCGGCGAACUGUGUGCGCAGAGGUCACUAUAUUCCACGCCAGUCCGCACUAGGUAAAUUCUCUGGCGGGAAAGCAUCAACAACAUCACAUCCUUUUGGCCAUGAUGAUGAGAAGGGUAGCGCUACUAGCUCUUCGACUCAGCAUCUUUACCCAGAAUCCCGAAUUCCAACAACUCUAUAUGUUCUCUGUGAGCGUUCCGUUAAGACUAUGAUGAAAUCAGGCCAGUUUCCCGGUGUGGAGUUCAUUUCUGUGGACUACGCCUCCUACUCCUCGAUACGCGAGACAUUCCGCAAGCUCUACAAUGCUUGUCUACCAAAGGGCGCUUACUCGCGUCUAGUUGGCGUCUUCAAAGAACGUCGUCGCGGUGGUAAUCUCGACGAGGGAGGUGGUGGCGGCGGCUCUAUCAGCGACCACGAGCACAAUCUGGCAGCUGCGAUGCCCAAUGAGAAGGCGGUUGGAAACGAUGGUGGCUCUCGGGGUGCCCUGGGAGAUCUCAUCGCUGCCGUCGCUGAGUCAGGCUGGCUUGAGCAAAUUCAAUCCCUCCUUCAACUCGCUGGCAUUGUGGUUGAGAUUAUGAGUAUCCAUGGUGCCAGUGUUGCCGUUUGUCUCGAGGAUGGUACCGACAUUGUCACUCAGAUGAUUUCGUUGGCUCAAGUAAUGAUGGAUCCGACGUAUCGGACUAUUUCCGGUUUCUGGGCUCUAGUGGAGAAGGAAUGGCUCCUUUUUGGUCAUCCUUUCAACCAACGUGUGGGCCAAAAAGCUGAAGGCAAUAAUGGCAAGGCUUCACAUGUCUCACCUGUCUUUCUGCAAUUCCUUGAUGCGGUUCACCAAUUGGUACGACAGUUUCCUCUCUCCUUCGAGUUUAAUGAUUUCUUUCUUCAAUUCCUUGCUUACCACCAUGUCUCGAAUCGCUUUCACGACUUCAAACACGACUCCGAGCUCCAGCGCAUGUCUCAUUGGCUGAAUCUCACCUCCGAUCAUUCCUUGCUUACGUCGGGUAUCUACCAGACUCACUCUAUUUGGCGCUUCGUUCAGGAUCAGCAUGAGGAGUGGCCCAUCUUCUUUAAUUUCUAUUACUCUCCCGAGUGCGCUCAAAAAACUUUGAUACCAGCGACGCAUCAGGCCGCGUUGAAUUUGUGGAAGUACUAUCUCUCAGAGGACUUGGCCUCUGGACCUGUGUUCGAUCUUGAUCUCUUCUGCCCUAGUUAUCGUAAACAGAUCAACAGACCCUAUGAACCGGUUCUUCGUCAAGGCUACAACAAUAGCCAUGUGGAACAGACAUAUGCCCUGUUGGGUCUACGGGAGGGCGAUGAGGCAGUGGGAUGGCAGGAAGCAUGGUCAAAGGCGGUGCGACUCUCAGCAGAUACAGUGAAUGUAAUUGACGGUCGGCUCUCCGUUUUUCCCGAACUUCCUCUCUCUGAGGAGGCAGGUGCAGACUUUGAUCGUAUUAUUCGUGCCAAACUAUCCACCACCACUACUGAUGAUGGACCGAUUGUGCUCAACACCACUCUCAAACCACCACCUCCGUUGCUGGAAUGUCCAUUCAACUCUCUUCCGAAACACGCCGUUUCCACCACCGCCGUCGGUUUUGCAGUUUCAGGAGAAGGACGUAACUGCAACAGUGAUGGUGUCGCCUCCCUUCCCUCAGAGUCGGAUGCUGAGAUGCCCCUGGAGAGUGAAAUCAAUGACGGUUGCGAGGGCUAUUCCCCACCCUCGGACGAGUGUGGUGAGGCGCAGAGGGCUGUGUUUGCACAGCAUCGUGCCAUUACUAUGAAACGUUUAAACCGUACAUCUGGACGACCACUGAACAAUUCACAACUCUAUCACAACCAGGCAUCAACUCUAGCAGUUCCUGCUCCCACAGCUGAUGAUAUGGUUUUCCUUUCCCACUCUCUUCAACACAGUGGAUCACUGAACGAUCUUCCAGUUGUCGAAGGUGGCCUAGGUAAUAUCAUGACAACAGCGUUGUUCGAACAACCACACAGUUUUCGGCGCGUAAAGACAACCUUAUCCGUAUCGCGUUGCGACGCCUGUCAAGCACUGAUUUUGGCCUCGGGCAUCACACGAGGCCUGGUGCGCUGCGUUGACUGCAACUUCUGUUGUCACGAGAAAUGCGCUCCUGGGGUGCCGCGUGACUGUCCGGGGCGGCCCCAGACCACAACCCACCACCACCCCGUUGGAUCGACCAUAACGACUAGUGGCUUGCCCGGGACCGGUGUUGUACGGCCCUGGAAUAGGCAGCGUGCCAAAACUGAGGACCGCAACCUCCACGAGGUUCCUACUGAACCCGAAUCAAUCACUCACAGCAACCUACGAUUCAGAAAUCGAUAUAAGGCAAAUGCCACGGGUUCCUCAGGAGCAUCCUCGCUGUACGAUACAAAUGGCAAGAAAGGAGACUACCCACCAAGAACUGUUCCAGUUUUGGGCGGCGACUCAUCCUGGGGAGUUCGGAGUUGCGUCCCUGGACAACCGGACCUCGGUUCUGUGGCGUUUUGCGGAGAGCUCUACAAGCUUAGUAGUCGAAAGGUAUUAGCCAGCUGGAAGUCGCGUUUCUUCGUACUCGAUACGGAACAUCACCAGAUGCGUUACUAUGACACGGCACAGGACGAAGUGCCCCGGGGCUUUAUUGACCUACAGGACGUGCGUGCUGUAACACUGCUGCGCAACACCACCUCAGUGCCGAGACGCUUCCAAGAUAGCUGCGCCUUCGAGGCAAGUGGAAUCGACACACCAGCACGGCAGUUCAGAUUUGCGGCUGAUGAUGCAAAAUCUGCAAGUGCGUGGGUGGAGCGGAUUCAAAGCACAAUACUAUGA